UUAAACUAAAAAAAUGAAUGAAUUUAUGUAAAAAAAAUCUUUCCCUUUGGAGUGAAAGAACAAAAUCUCGGAUUUAUCGUUUCCAGUUCUUACAAUUUUGUUCGCUUUAUUACUCUCUUUCUCAAAUCUCUCUGCAUUUCCCCCUUCCAUUUUUCAGAUCACUGCACCAGCAUUACUCGGGUAGAUAUGGCAGUCAUUGCGACGUUAAUGAAUAGGCAGCAUCUUCUGACAUACAUAUACCUUCUGGUUUACAUUUCACUUUCCUCGGGUGUUAUUUUGUAUAACAAGUGGGUGCUCUCAACGCUGUAUUUUAAUUUUCCAUUUCCAAUAACACUCACUAUGAUUCACAUGGCUUUUUCUGGUGGGGUUGCCUUCGUCCUGAUCCGUGUUCUGAAGGUUGUAUCGCCUAUCAAAAUGACAUUUCAUAUAUAUACAACUUGUGUGGUCCCUAUAAGCGCCUUCUUUGCAGCAAGUCUGUGGUUUGGGAACACUGCUUAUUUGUACAUUUCUGUGGCUUUCAUCCAGAUGCUUAAAGCCCUGAUGCCAGUGGCAACAUUUCUCGUGGCUGUUACUUGUGGAACUGAGAAGUUAAGGUGUGAUGUAUUCUGGAACAUGGUGUUGGUCAGUGUUGGAGUUGUCAUUUCCUCCUAUGGGGAAAUUCAUUUUAAUGUGCUUGGCACAAUUUAUCAAGUCUCAGGAAUAGCUGCUGAAGCAUUCAGGCUGGUCUUAACUCAAGUUCUUCUUCAAAAUAAGGGCUUGACACUAAAUCCUAUUACCAGCUUGUAUUACAUAGCACCAUGCAGCUUUGUAUUCCUUUUUAUUCCAUGGUAUAUCCUUGAGAAGCCUGAGAUGGAAGCUCCUCAUAUGCAGUUUAACUUCUGGAUAUUUUUUUCAAAUGCGCUUUGUGCUUUGGCAUUGAACUUCUCGACAUUCUUAGUGAUUGGUAGAACUGGGGCCGUAACUAUUCGAGUGGCUGGAGUUUUGAAAGACUGGCUACUUAUCUCUCUUUCAACUGUCUUAUUUCCCGAAUCUAAGAUUACAGGACUUAAUGUUAUUGGCUAUGCUAUUGCUUUAAGUGGUGUUGUUUGUUACAACUACUUGAAGAUCAGGGAUGUGCGCAUAUCUCAACUUCAAAUUAUCCCAGAUGAAUCAACAAAGGAGCUGCAGAUGGAGAAAAAGGAAGAAGAUAAUGUGAACAGAAAUGAGGAUACUCUAUGGAAUGAUUCAGUUUCUGAUUCUCAUUCUCAUUUUGACGAAGAAGCACCUUUAAUGUAUUCUUCACGGAUAUCUCAUCUUGGAAGAAAGCCAGCUUAGUAGCAAUCUAGUUUAGAGGCAAAAGAAUAUUCAUCUUGGAAGAAAGCCAGUUAGCUUAUCAACAAUCUCAAUUUUAAGUGUCAAAGAUCUUAAAGGAACCAAAUCAAGUGUUUGUCUUAACUUUUCUUCCAAAAAGAACACACAAAGACCUCCUUAAGAAGAAGAGAGAAAACAAAAGGAGAAAGAAAAACAGAGCAGAGGAAACAUACAUAUUAUUUCGGUAGAGUUGAUUUCUUUAAUGUUAAAAGUAUUCAUUAGUAAAUUGAUUCAUUCUUGUAUAGUCUUUGGCUGGACCAUGCAAUGAAGGUUCUAUUUAUUCCACAUAGACCGAAAUAACUUCGAUCGAUCGACGAUUCUCAAAUUGCUAGUGUACUCAAUAUUUCUUUUUAACUAUUUUAACAAUGCUAUGGCUUCUUAUUUUACAGGUGA